AUGCCGUGGACUGCAGCCAACCGUGAAAUGGGCUCGUAUGACAAUCGUUUUGUCAUGUAUCCGUCGAGAAGACACAGUCCCGGACUUCAUGGCCAUUCGCCGUAUCAUCGUAAUUGUCUUCAGCCGAUGCCUGGCACCUUGAAUCCGCUGCUUUCAAGGUUCGGAGAGCAAGAGGUACUGCGCGCCUUCAACGGUCCCCGUCCACGUCUGUUUCAGUGUGAUCAGCAAUCAUCCAUUUUUGUCUUAGAUUGCAGGUCAGUUCCCUUCGCAGAAUUUUCUUCUGCCGCCUACGGAUUCGAGUUGGAGGAGGAGAUAUCUUGGAAUGCGAAACAAGCAGAAGGCGACGAAGAGAAGACGGCCAAGAAAAAAAAAUGGGGUAGAAAAAAUGAAGAAAACAGAAAGAAGAAUCAAACGGAACAGAAAACUCACUCCGAUCCCGGUUUACACGCCAGUGCAGGAAUAAGAGGCGCAGAAGUGGCUGUGACUUCUGUGCCUGUCGCCGGUUCUAGUCAGCCGUGCACUCCUCCGACACCCAGUCCACCUCAGAACGAAUCUUCAUCUACCAGUGGUUCGCCCAGCUGCGAGACCUACUCGUCGUAUUAUCCCAGUCUGCAGAAUAAAUCAGGAAACUUUCAACGGAAGCAGUAUCCCGAUCUCGAACAGUACUGGAUCUCUGCCAGAUCUACCCUCGGUUCUUACUGCUUCGGCGAUGGACGGGCGCGAAGGGUAUUUUCUUCCAAGCCACCUCGUGUCAAGCCAACUCGUUUUAAGCCGCAGAAUUUGGCGGUAGCCCCGAGUAAGCCGCUAUUACAGUACUUGUAACU